AUGGAGGGUCUGGGCCGUUCGUGCCUGUGGCUGCGGCGGGAGCUGUCGCCCCCGCGGCCUCGGCUGCUGCUCCUCGACUGCAGAAGCCGCGAGCUGUACGAGUCGGCGCGCAUCGGCGGGGCGCUGAGCGUGGCCCUGCCCGCGCUGCUGCUGCGCCGCCUGCGGCGGGGGGCCCUGUCGGUUCGCGCGCUGCUGCCCGGGCCGCCGCUGCAGCCGCCCCCGCCCGCCCCGGUGCUCCUGUACGACCAGGGCGGGGGCCGGCACCGGCGCGGGGAGGCGGACGCUGACGAGUGGGAGGCCGACUCGGUGCUCGGCACCCUGCUGCAGAAGCUGCGCGAGGAAGGCUACCUGGCAUACUACCUCCAGGGUGGCUUCAGCAGAUUCCAGGCAGAGUGCCCCCACCUGUGUGAGACCAGCCUCAGCAGCCGGGGUGGCCCAAGCACAGCCCCAGUGCCCAGCCCAGUGGUGGGGCUGGGCGGCCUGUGCCUGGGCUCGGACUACUCUGAUGCGGAUUCCGAGCCUGACCGCGACUCCAUGAGCUGUGGCCUGGAUUCGGAGGGUGCCACGCCGCCCCCAGGGGGGCUGCUGCCAUCCUUCCCUGUCCAGAUCCUGCCCAACCUCUACCUGGGCAGUGCCCGGGAUUCGGCCAACGUGGAGAGCUUGGCCAAGCUGGGCAUCCGCUACAUCCUCAACGUCACCCCCAACCUGCCUAACGUCUUCGAGAAGAACGGCGAGUUUCACUACAAACAGAUCCCCAUCUCCGACCACUGGAGCCAGAACCUGUCCCAGUUCUUUCCUGAGGCCAUCGCGUUCAUUGAUGAGGCCUUGUCGCAGAACUGCGGGGUGCUCGUUCACUGCCUGGCAGGCGUCAGCCGCUCUGUCACCGUCACUGUGGCCUACCUCAUGCAGAAGCGCCACCUCUCACUCAACGAUGCCUACGACCUGGUCAAGAGGAAGAAGUCUAACAUCUCACCCAACUUCAACUUCAUGGGGCAGCUGCUAGACUUCGAGCGGAGCCUGCGGCUGGAGGAGAGGCGCACCCGUGAACGCAGCAGCGGGGGGCAGGAGUCGGCCGCCUCCGACCCACCGUCCUUCUUCACCACCCCCACCAGCGACGGUGUCUUUGAGCUGGACCCCACAUAGGGCGC